AUGGCAGCGAAAAUGUCAAGACCCCCCAUUUUUAUUCAAGAUUUGGUGAAGGGAAAUCAGGUCUGGAAAAUGCACAUUAGGGUGGUUGAUUUGUGGGUUGUUAGUGAGAAAAAUGGGAAACAACACCUUGAGGCAGUUAUUGUGGAUGAAAAGGGUGACAAGAUUCAUGUCACCACUUGGGGGAGAGACUUCCAAGAUUGGAUUGAAGUGGUCAAGGAGCAUGAAACGUAUUACCUUUAUAAUGGAGAGCCAGUUGACAAUGAUGGCCCUUUCAAAAUUUACCGGAAAUACCAUCUCACAGCUACACUUUUCACCCUAUUGAGAGAUUUCUCAAAGGAGACUUCAAGCAUGACAUGCUAUGUCAUUGGUGUAUUACAAGAUGUUGUGAAAACCCAGCAAGGAGGUGGCGGUAGGAAAUCUUGCGUCAAUAUCACUUUGCGUGAUGUAGAAGGCAAUGUGAUUGAACUGGUGUUAUGGGAGGAUUACGCCAAACAGUUUGUAACCUACACUACCCCUAACAACUUUGCCGGUCCUACUAUAAUUGUUUUGACACAUUCAUGGUGCAAGACUAAUGCAGUUUCCGGUUUACCAUGUCUUUCGAACGCAUGGAGCGGUUCUAAACUUUACAUCAACUUGGAACAUCCACAAGUUGAUGAAUUCAAAGCUAGUUUUGGAUCCAACCUCCCUGUUGCUUCACAAUCUCUCACUUGCGAUUCAUCUGGUCAUUCUAACAACAAUUUUUGGACCAAAUUGUCUGAGGUCAAGAGUAUCCGCGCAGUGUCUGACUUUGGAAGGGACUGCUUUGCAACCACCAUUGGAACUACCACCUUUUUUAAUGCCUCCAGGUUUGGAUGGUAUUUUGAAUCAAGCGGAAAAACGGAUGCUGAACGCGUUACUAAGUUCAAACUUGAAGUUGAGGUGCAGUACGACAACCACACGGGGGUCUUUGUUUUUUGGGAUAAGGAUGUUAUUCCUUAUACUAAUCACACUGCUACCGAAUUAAGAGAAAUCAUGAAGAAGGCUGGAGAGGACAAUCCUAAGAUUUGGCCUACUCACCUUGAUGCCCUGUUGAAUAGACAAAUGGUGUUUCGUAUCAAAUAUCAAUCACAAUUCCGGCGAUUCUCUAUUGUGAAGAUACUGAACGAAGAGGGCCUUUACAAUAAGUUUGACGCGUACCUCGCAGCGAAUGAGGUAAAACCUGCUGCUGAUUUGGAAAUGGACACAACUUCGCCAUCUCUUAAUCCAAACCAAGACACACAAACUUGCGAACAAUCAAGCGUUGCUCAACCAGAAUCUGCUGCUGACCAUAAGGGGAGUCCAGAAUCUGCUGCUGACCAUAAGGGGAGUCCUUCCGCAAGCUGCAGUAGUACUCCUGCCAAGAGGGUCGCUACAUCAACCUCGAUCAAUGAUCUCAUUCAGGCCGAUGAGCUCACUCCUAAACAAUCGGCCACUAAGUCCAAGAAUGGAAAAAAGACAAAGCACCUCAAAAAGGACUAA